GGCGCUUCCCGGCCGAGCUUGGGGCUGGCACCGGGCCAUUGACUUCCACUGAGCCGCCUACUGGCCGCCGCCGCGAGACUUUCGUCAUUCAACGCCGGCCACCCCAACCGACUCUACAGCCUCAUCACUCUAAGAGGGAAAUCGACAAUUGGGUCUCGUCAGGCUUGAUAUUCGCUUAGUCUGUCAUACACACAAAGUCACAAGCCCUUUCUUGAGCGUUUUCCCGGCCGCUACAUAUCAAUUGGUCUACCCUGGUACAUGCGCCCUUGUGCGCGAAUCAUAUAGCUCAAGCUCAGCUCGUCAUGGGCUUCACCACCGGCUUCACCGGAGGUGUAACCCUCACCCUCGGUGUCGCUUAUCUCACCUUGCUCGCGCACCAGCGUAACCGCGAACAGCAAGCUGCCAUUCUACGCCAGCAGACAUACCUCCUUUCCGGUGUUGUUGACCCCUUACCGCCUGUGCUACCACCUACGAGGCUUGAGCAAGCCGUUGCCGAACGUGCACACUUUACUGAGGUUGCCAAGGACCGCUGGAACGCCGAGAUAGAGCAUGCGGUCCGGUGGGCGCAGACGAAAGACUGGUCCGAGGUCCGCGAGGGUGUCGAGACCGCUAUCAGUCGCCUGUGGGCCCGCGGAAUAGGGCAAGCACAGGAAGGAAUCGAGAAGGGGGAAGAGAAGAGUACGGCUGUUGCGCGUGACCUGUCGAGCAAGGCCAACGCAGAAGCGCGCGAGAAAAAUGAUGGUGUAGCUGCAGCUGCAAAGUCUGCUUAUGCCGAUGCCAAGGCGAGAAGCGUUGACCUUGCUAAUAAGGCAGAGAAGAAAGCCGAGGAGAAGGCUAGCGAAGCUAAGGGCUCCGUCUUCGGGGCUAUAGGGCGAGGCAUUGAAAAGGGAAAGGAAGUUUUUAGCAAGACCAAGUCAGCCGUCGUUGCCGUGGAGGAGAAGGUCGACCCUACAGUAUCGCCCGUGGAGAAGGCUCUGCAGCAACGGUACGAGCAACCGGGCGGGCUGGACCAAUCGGUGGAGGAGCUCUUGGCUGCGAGGUACGUGCCGAUAGAUCAAAAGGACAAUACCGACUUGAAGGCAUUAUAGAGAAGCCGUGAGUAUCCGCCCAGACCACUCAGACCAGAAAGACAAACUGGAUCAAUGGGCUAAGACCCCAUUCUACUCAAUGAGGCCUAUAGAUUCCAUUUGUAGUAUCAUAGCUGUACCAUGCAUCACAAUAGACGUGGCUAUUGACCACAAUAGUUAUCAUUCA